AUGUCAUUAGAACAAAAUGGAAAUCCUCGUCUUAGAUUUAAAUUGGUUUUUCUAGGUGAACAAAGUGUUGGAAAAACUUCAUUAGUUACUCGUUUUAUGUAUGAUAGUUUUGAUAAUACAUGUCAAGCUACAAUCGGUAUAGAUUUUCUAUCCAAAUCUAUAGAUUUAGAAGGUCGAACUGUUCACUUGCAAAUAUGGGAUACAGCAGGACAAGAAAGAUUUCGAAGUAUUAUUCCUAACUAUAUACGUGAUUCUAAGGUUGCUGUUGUGGUUUACGAUGUGACAAAUUCAACGUCGUUUCAACAAACAUCAAGAUGGAUAGAACAAGUUCGUUCUGAACGUGGUGCUGAUGUUAUCAUAAUGCUUGCCGGUAAUAAAACUGAUUUAGUUGAUAGACGACAAGUAUCUACAGCAGAAGGAGAACAAAAAGCAAAAGAUUUAAAUGUUACGUUCAUUGAAACAAGUGGUAAAGCAGGUUAUAAUGUUAAACAAUUAUUUCAACAAGUAGCAUCUGCAUUGCUUGGUAUGGAACAGCCUAAAGUUACAGAUAGUCCUGUCAAACUUCUACCAUCUAGUUCAACUGAUAAACCCAAUACUGAUAAUCAAGGCUUUUGUCAAUGUUAA